ACCAAAAUAUAAAGCUUCUUCUCCUUCUAUUUUCUCUUCCAUUUUCUCACUCACUCCUCAAUUUCCCUUUCCAUUUUCUCAGGAAAACAAUGGUCGGGCCAAACAUCAUAGACGACUUCUUUGACCACAUCGACGACCUCCUCGAAUUCCCCACCGAAGACCCCGUCACCACCGCCGACGCCUCCACCUCCUCCGCCGCGCCGGUCCCUCCUCCGGCGAACUUCUGGUCCAGCGACUCCGACUCGGUUUUUCCCGUCAACACCGUGCCGGACCUCUCGGCGGAGCUCGCCGUUCCGUAUGAAGACAUUGUGCAGUUGGAAUGGCUGUCCAAUUUCGUUGAGGACUCAUUCUCAGAUGGGAACCUCACGAUGAACAGAGUGGAGGCACCGUGCAGCACCAAGGAAGACACAGCCAAUGCUCAAUUCCAGACAUCAAGCCCUGUCUCCGUCCUCGAAAGCAGCAGUUUCUGCUCCGGCGAGAAGGGUGCACCUCGCAGCCCGGAGAUUUACAUCCCAGUGCCAUGCGGACGUGCACGGAGCAAGCGUCCACGCCCUGCAACAUUCAACCCUCAUCCUGUGAUGCACCUCAUCUCCCCUGCUUCCUCUGUUGGCGAGAACACGCACCUUAAUUCCGCCACUUCUAAGGCCUCUUCGGAUUCUGAGAAUUUCGCAGAGUCUCAUCCUGUGAUCAAGAUUCCAAAGCAGGCUUCUGCAGAGCAUAAGAAGAAAAAGAAAACCGAAGUGUCGUUUCCAUCAGGUGGAGACCAGAACCUGCAUUCCCAAGCAGUUAGGAAGUGUUUGCACUGUGAGAUAACCAAGACGCCGCAGUGGAGGGCAGGGCCAAUGGGGCCAAAAACACUCUGCAAUGCAUGUGGCGUGCGUUACAAGUCAGGCAGGCUAUUCCCUGAAUACCGUCCUGCGGCGAGUCCAACAUUUUGCGCUGCCAUGCACUCCAAUUCCCAUAAGAAGGUCCUUGAAAUGAGAACUAAGACCGGCAACAAUGCUGCCUUUGCUGCCGAUGCCGAUGCUGAUACACCGGAACUUAUUCCAAACGCUAACAGCAGCCUUACCGUGGAAUACAUUUGAGGAGGGGAGAGAGGAAUGGUCCUAGUUGGAGAUUUCUCUGGUUCCCUUUCUUUGUCCUCUCUCUACAGUCGUGUCCUAGGCAAGGUUUUCAAUUUCGGUCAUCAACCGCAAUAUUAAGAUUUUAGAGGUUUUUCUGCAACCACAUUGUGAUUGCAAUUGUGACUGCAGACUGCAUCAGCCAUAUUUGUCCACAAUUUUGAUAAUUGCAAGGCAACUGCAGUUUAAAAUCUUAGUCUUGUGUUAUUUCUUAUUUUUCAUUGGAUUUUUGUACAGGGCUCAAAUGGGGGGAAUAGGAGAAAUAGAAUAUGAUCAUAUUGUAGUUAGUUAUAUUUAGAUGAGGAUUGUAUGGAGAACUGAAGAACAAGGGAUAGAGAUAUAUGCAAGUCAAGUAGGGGGGGUAGAGUGUUAGCCUUUUAGGUCUGGUAAGUGUAGCAGUACUCAGGAGGCAUGGAUGUUUACUUUUCUUAUUUUUUAUCAUUUUUUAUUUAUGUUUCUAAAUUACCCUCUCUGCCCCAAUUCUUUUUGCAGUUUAUUUGUGGAAAAUUUU